CCACAAAUACAUAGGAGUAAAGAAGAAAGCUUGUGAAACUUUAACAAGUGACUGUUGUGACUGUACAAAUCAAAGGCACGUGGUCAAGACAGCAGUUUAAAACGAAAAAAAAAAAAAAAAAAACAAGAACAUUAGUUUUCAAGCAAGCUGUCUUAAACCUUACCCUCAAUUUAAAAAUUUUUUUAACUUCGAUUAAAUUGUCUACAAAAAGCUUAAAUAAAAAUAUUUCGAGUCGUGAUUUGUUUAAUUAUAAUUUAUCUAAAUGGUUUAUAAGAAAUCCAUUAUUUAAGAUUACAGCACAUUCAAGAAAUUUUUUAAUGAUUAUAAAAUAAAAUUAGAUAAUAAUUCCACUAUUUUUAGAAAAAUAUUUUUUUUCAUUUUUAUUAAAAUCAGAGAUAUUUAAAGCAAAAAUGGAUUUUAUGAAACUUCAAGAAUUUAUGGAACUUGUGGGCCAACUUAAGCAUAUAAAGCGUACUGGAUGGGUCUUAAGAAACAUAGAAGGUUCAGAAACAAUCGCUGCACACAUGUAUCGUAUGGCUGUACUUUCGUUACUCGUAGAUACUCAAGAAAAUUUAGAUAGAAACAAAAUUAUGCAAAUGGCAUUGGUGCAUGAUCUUGCGGAAUGUAUCGUUGGUGAUAUAACUCCUCAUUGUGGAGUAUCACCUGAAGAAAAACACAGACUGGAAGAUGAUGCUAUGAUAAAAAUUUGCCAAUUAUUAGGAAACCAAGGAUCAAAUAUCUUAGAAAUUUUUCGGGAAUAUGAAUCUCAACAGUCGAAUGAAGCUAAAUAUGUAAAAGAUUUGGAUCGAUUGGACCUUAUUUCUCAAGCUUAUGAGUAUGAAAAGCGCGACGGAACUCCUGGGAAACUCGAAGAAUUUUUCGCAAACACAGUUGACAAGAUUUCUCAUCCUUUCUUGAAAAAAAUGGCUGCCGAAAUCACUUCUCAAAGACAAAAAAUUUUAGGAAAUAAAUAAGACGAAUGAAUGAAUAAGAUAUAAAUAAUUUUUUUUAAUCAUAGAAAAAUUACUUUUGGAAAAAAUUUAUUUAUUUCAAGAAAAUUAUCAAGUAUUUAUAAUAAACCAGAAAA